AUGGCCCCCAAAAAGAAGACCGUCAGAAAGAACAAAGCUGAUGUCAAUGAGAUGACCAUCAUUGUGGAAGACAGUCCCCUCAACAAGCUCAACGCUCUGAAUGGGCUCCUGGAAGGAGGCAAUGGCCUUAGCUGCAUUUCUUCUGAACUGACAGAUGCUUCUUAUGGCCCCAACCUCUUGGAAGGUUUGAGUAAAAUGAGGCAGGAGGGCUUCCUUUGUGACUUAGUCAUUGGCACCAAAACCAAAUCCUUUGACGUUCACAAGUCAGUGAUGGCUUCAUGCAGUGAGUACUUUUACAACAUCCUGAAAAAAGACCCCUCAACCCAAAGGGUGGAUCUCAAUGACAUCGCGCCGCUGGGCCUGGCCACGGUCAUUGCAUAUGCCUACACCGGAAAGCUCACUCUCUCCCUGUAUACCAUAGGAAGCAUCAUUUCUGCUGCUGUUUAUCUUCAGAUCCACACCCUUGUCAAGAUGUGCAGUGAUUUUCUUAUACAAGAGAUGAACGUUGAGAAUUGCAUGUACAUUGCUAACAUUGCCGAAACAUACUCCCUGAGAAACGCAAAGGCAGCCGCCCAGAAAUUUAUCCGGGAUAACUUCCUUGAAUUUGCAGAAACAGAUCAUUUUAUGAAACUUACCUUUGAGCAAAUUAAUGAACUUCUUAUAGAUGAUGAUUUACAGUUGCCUUCUGAAAUAGUAGCAUUCCAGAUUGCAAUGAAAUGGUUAGAAUUUGACCAAAAGAGAGUGAAAUACGCUGCCGAUCUCUUGAGCAAUAUUCGCUUUGGUACCAUCUCUGCACAAGACCUGGUCAAUUAUGUUCAGUCAGUACCGAGAAUGAUGCAAGAUGCUGACUGUCACAAGCUUCUUGUAGAUGCUAUGAACUACCACCUCCUUCCCUAUCAUCAGAACACGUUACAGUCUAGACGCACGAGAAUCCGAGGGGGGUGCCGUGUGCUUGUCACUGUGGGGGGCCGCCCAGGCCUUACAGAGAAGUCCCUUAGUAGAGACGUCUUGUAUAGAGACCCUGAAAUCGGAUGGAGCAAGCUUACAGAGAUGCCAGCCAAGAGUUUUAAUCAGUGUGUGGCUGUGAUGGAUGGAUUUCUUUACGUGGCUGGUGGGGAAGACCAGAACGAUGCAAGAAAUCAAGCCAAGCAUGCAGUCAGCAAUUUCUGCAGGUACGACCCCCGCUUCAACACGUGGAUCCACCUGGCCAGCAUGACCCAGCGGCGCACGCACUUCAGCCUGAGCGUGUUCAACGGGCUCCUGUACGCAGUGGGCGGCCGCAACGCCGAGGGCAGCCUGGCCUCGCUCGAGUGCUACGUGCCCUCGGCCAACCAGUGGCUGCCCAAGGCGCCCCUGGAGGUGGCGCGCUGCUGCCACGCCAGCGCGGUGGCCGAGGGCCGCGUGCUGGUGACCGGCGGCUACAUCAGCGGCGCCUACUCGCGCUCCGUGUGCGCCUACGACCCGGCGCGCGACGCGUGGCAGGAGCGGCCGGCGCUGGGCACGCCGCGCGGCUGGCACUGCGCGGUGGCGCUGGGCGAGCGCGUGUUCGUGAUGGGCGGCAGCCAGCUGGGGCCGCGCGGCGAGCGCGUGGACGUGCUGACCGUGGAGAGCUUCUGCCCGGCCUCGGGCCAGUGGAGCUACGCGGCGCCGCUGCCGGUGGGCGUGAGCACGGCGGGCGCCUCGGCGCUGCACGGCCGCGCCUACCUGCUGGGCGGCUGGAACGAGGGCGAGAGGAAGUACAAGAAGUGCAUCCAGUGCUUCAACCCCGAGCUCAACGAGUGGACGGAGGACGACGAGCUGCCCGAGGCCACCGUGGGCGUGUCGUGCUGCGCCCUGGCCAUGCCCAACCCCGUGACCCGCGAGUCGCGCGCCAGCUCCGUGUCCUCGGCGCCGGUCAGCAUCUGA